AUGUGGAUUGACGACUGGGGGGAGGUGGCGAUAAAGCAUCGACAACCCAUCGUAGGAAACGCUUCAGACCAAUCGCGACCAGAAAUGCGAGGUAAAAUAAGCCAGCCUUCCACCCCCGACAUCCUGACGCCGAUGAGCGCGCCAGGUACCGGAGCCAAACAGCUGCUGGUACAUGUUGCGCUGCACAUCGUGACCCCGUAUCUCAUUCUCCAGUAA